CAUUGAACUGUGCCAUCAGUUCCCCCACGGCAUCACAGACCAGGUGAUCCAAAAUGACAUGCCUCACAUGGAAGCCCAGCAGCGAGCCAUGGCAAUCAACAGGCUGCUCUCAAUGGGACAACUGGACCUGCUCAGGAGCAAUGCCGGUCUCCUAUAUAGAAUCAAAGAGUCUCAAAAUGCAAGUAAAAUGAAAGGCUCUGACAAUCAAGAGAAGCUGGUUUACCAAAUUAUAGAAGAUGCAGGCAACAAAGGCAUUUGGAGCAGGGACAUCAGAUACAAAAGUAAUCUGCCUUUAACGGAGAUCAACAAGAUACUGAAAAACUUGGAAAGUAAGAAACUAAUUAAAGCAGUUAAAUCUGUAGCGGCAUCAAAGAAAAAGGUGUAUAUGCUAUAUAACCUACAGCCUGACCGGUCAGUGACUGGUGGGGCUUGGUACAGUGACCAAGACUUUGAGUCUGAAUUUGUGGAGGUUUUAAAUCAACAGUGCUUUAAAUUUCUACAGAGUAAGGCAGAAGCCGCUCGAGAGAGCAAACAGAACCCCAUGAUACAGAGGAACAGCUCGUUUGCCUCUUCCCAUGAGGUGUGGAAAUACAUCUGUGAACUGGGUAUCAGUAAGGUAGAGUUGUCAAUGGAAGACAUUGAAACCAUUUUAAAUACGCUAAUAUAUGAUGGAAAAGUGGAAAUGACUAUUAUUGCUGCGAAGGAAGGCACAGUGGGCAGUGUGGAUGGACAAAUGAAGUUGUACAGAGCUGUUAGUCCUCUCAUACAACCCACUGGAUUAGUCAGGACACCCUGUGGACUCUGCCCGGUUUUUGACGAUUGCCAUGAAGGUGGUGAGAUUUCUCCAUCAAACUGUAUUUAUAUGACAGAGUGGCUGGAGUUUUAAAGUGGGAAAAAAGAACUGUAAACUGGAUCAAUUCUUUACUGCCAAGGUGAAAAAGCAGCUUGCGUUUUAUUAAUGGACUUUUAAAAUUUGUGAAUGACUUUAGGACAUGGAAUUAUUUUGUUUUUAACUAUACAUAAAGCAGCAAUACAUCAAUUGCGUGAACAGUCCUGACAGUGGACUGAAAAACAAGCCAGCACUGAAGACUGGGGCUGAAGUGGGAAAUCGAUCUGCUCUUACACAAACACACAGGCUUGUUGACUUGCAACCCAGCUGUUCUUUGGCACUUUUUGAUGCAUCGCUUCCAAGGAUUGCAUCUAGUACUCCACAGGCAGUUAUUCUGAAUGAGAGGAAAUAAGCUGCCGCCAGUAGUAUUAGUCUGAAAACAAAGUUUGGGACCUUGUUCUUGGCAGAACUCAUUUGCAGCUUUUUCCGGUCAGCUAAUGACUUAAGUCUUAAAACUGGCACUUUUCUCCUGUGAUAGCUAUCAUCUAAUUGGAAACGAAGAGUCUGAUGCGAUAAAGAUCCUAAAUACUUCAAACAGCACUCGCUGAUUCUUUUUCAUCUUUCUUACCUGCUAAUUUAUCCUUAAAACACCCUUUGAUUGUUCUCAUGUACAUCUGUGUUUCAUUUUCUCCAUUGCUGCUGUUGUCUGCUGAUGAGUCUGUUGUUAACAAUUCCCUCAUCUGACACCUAGAGGAUCAUCAUGGGAUUGGUGUGCUCUGGCAGCUUCAUUGUGUGAGUAGCUGUGUCAGCUGAAAUUCUAAAUAGAAGUAUUCUGGAAAGGUGUGUUUUCAGAAUAGAAAACCACCACCUGCGGCCUGGUACUACAGGUACAAGGGAAGUGCUCUCAGGGUUGUAAAAGUUGCCCAUGACAGUUACUCGCACAUAAAUAUGGUCUCUGGUCUUGGUUUGUGAUCUCAGAAAGGCAUGAUAUUGGCAUAUCAUCAACAAGUACCAUCUUUUCUUCCUGUGGUGUACAGCCAAUUCUUUUUUCUUUUAAACACAGCCUCUUGGCUCCUUCUCUGUGUGCCUCUAAAGUGGUGACUAGUGAUAAUUUCUAGACUCUGUUAUUGUCGUGAGCCUGCUGUUCUUAUGGUGUCCCAAGGCAUGCUGGGACAUGGACAUGUCCUGAAGACAGAGCUUUUUCUAGUUUACUAGGACUGUGGAUACCUAUCUGGGUAGUGUAAAGGUGUGAUACCGCCCUCGGAAAUGUAGGUUCAAAUCCUACUUGAAGUAAAUAGAUUUUUGCACUGUG